AUGGAUAUGGUGAAGGGAAACUCAAGAAAGAAGAAUCAGACUAAGAAACCGUCGAGGCCAUGCAGUAAUUUAUUGAAACAAGCCAGCAAAGUGUGCGCAGCACUGAGUUCAUUGACGAAGAGAAAAUCUUGGAGUUGCAGUACUAGCACUUGCAGCCGGAAGAAGAACAAGGCCGGUAGAGCUGCUCCGGCCGGGUGUUUCCCAGCCUACGUCGGUCCCGAAAAGCAACAGUUUGUUGUGAAGACGGAGAUUGCUAACCAUCCAUUGUUCAAGGUGCUGUUAGAGGAUGCAGCAUUGAAGUAUGGGUACAAAAAUGAUGGUCCGCUUUUGCUUCCUUGUGAUGUGGAUUUGUUCUGCAAUGUUUUGACAGAGAUAGAGGGCAGUAUCGUUGAGGAUAUGAUCUGCCCCAAUAGUUGGUGUUUGAUGCGAGGUUUCUUUGGUUCAGCUCGUCCUCGUCAUUUAGAUUUUAGAAUGAACAAGGGCUACGGUGGUGCUUAUAGGUCCCUCUAA